AUGCCACCACGCCCCUUUCAACUCGCCCUUGUUCGAGCCUAUAUAAAUUAUAUUCACCCUCGCGUGCCAUUCGUCGAUAUCAGGAAAUUACUACAAGCCAUAUCCACUGAAGAUCCAAGCCAACAUAUCAGUAUUUCACUGCUCCAGGCAAUAUUCUUUGCCGGAUCUGCUUUCGUAAACUCUGCGGAGCUAUCUGCAUCAGGCUAUACAAGCAAAGCUGCUGCUUGUGGUGAAUUCUUUUCCCGAGCCCGGUGUCUGUUUGACUUCGAUUACGAGAAAGAUCGCCUGACGGUAAUCAAGUCACUUGUGCUAUUAUCCUUCUGGAGAGACAAAAGCCCAGACAAAGAUCCACGGCACUGGAUGGGUAUAGCUGUGUCCCUUGCUUAUACAGCGGGCUUGCAUCGUUCCCCGGAUCGACAAAUUUCGGUAGCAAGCCAGCGAGACCGUGUGCGAACAUGGUGGAGCUUGUUUUGCCGGGAUAGAAUCCUGUCCUUGACUACCAAACGGGCUGGCAUUAUCGAUGACAGUGCUUUCGAGAUCCCAAUCUUGACGAUGACCGAUUUCGAAAUUUCAACAUACUCCCCCGGAGAUAUGUGCGCAUUGAGUAUAUCGGAAGUCUUCCAGGACCUGGAGAUUCAAAAACGUCUCGCUCUGAUAUUUAUAGAGAAUGCAAAGUUGAGUCUUUGUAUUAGCCGGGUCCUCACUGCCCUGGAAUUUCCGAGAGGGCUUCCAUCUGAUUUAUUCGGUGGCAUCGCUACAGUGGAUUCUUCGUCAGAUGGAUCCAGCAUGCUAGCCAACUUUUAUUGUAUACAAGAACUGGAAAGCUGGGUUGCCAGCCUUCCUGAUAUCAUAACAGAAAUUCCGCUGUACAACUCGCUUUCAAACGAGGCCAACAAGAUAUUGCGCUCGCAUUAUUGUGCGUUGAGAACACUGCAUCUUGCAGCUUCUACUCUUGUCUACCAAUCACUAGAAGACAAAUAA